AUGUCAAUGAAAAGAAAGCGUAUUUUCCAUCAUCCUCAGGCGACGGCACCAUUGAGUGACGAAACAAACCAACGAUGCGCAUUCCCAGAAGUAGUUGAGAAUCAAGGCAAUUUGCAAGAUGUUCAAAUACCUCUCGAUGGUUUAGACUAUCUUGCUGCCGUAAGAAAAGAAGCCAUGUCUCUCAAUUCUUUUAAAAGCGCAAGUAUACAACCAGAAAAAUCAGAGACCAAAUCUCAUAAUCCUCUGUACAAAGAAGUUACACAGCCCGUCUGCUCUCCAGAGCCUCUCUUGAAGGAUCUUUAUCAUAUGGUGGAAAAACAUAACAAAAAGUUAACCACCUACCCUCCGCAUUUGUUGUUAGACAGUUCCACAUUACCUAGUACUUUACAAGGAUGGAGACAAACUAUAGCAAACGAAAAGCCUUCGUGGGCUUUUGUAGCGAGUACUGACUUAGCUACUAUUCUGAAUAUUUUUGAAAAUUGUGCUUACUGGUUGGAAAAUGAUACCCUUGAUGUUCAGUCUCAGUGGCUGUUUUGUUUUUGCUGCAAACUACCGGAUAUUUUGAACGGCGAAGAUGUAUCUACGUUGAGAUCUGCUUUGCGCUCGUUGAGAAGUACACAUACUACCUUCCCGUCUAUUCAAACAUCAGCUUCUACUUUGAAUGCUGUUUUGGUAUUUCGUUAUGGUCAGAGCGAUCUGCUAUAG